UUUCCCCUCGACCCACAGCGAAGCGAGCGGCCUAAGUCCGUUAUCUUUGGCGCUCCUCGGAAGGAGUGUUGCUAAGGAAGGAAGGGGAUGGCGACUAAAGCCUCAGGACUUCUUUUCGGCUUCUUAGGAGACAGCUGUCUAGGAGUCAAAGAAAAGGGUUAAGUGGGAAGAAUCCCAAGAGAAACUCCGAACUGGCGACGGUUGGUAAACCGGACGCAACCGGUUGAGCUGAGAGGUGAAGCCGAAGUUAACGGCUUCGCCAUCGAGUCCGCCCCCUUCCCUUGUGCUGAUUGGUGGUUGCAGGCUUCGCUAGCUGAUUGGCCGAGCGAACGCCGCGCGUAAUUUAAAAUAUUUAUCGGUGACAAAGCUGCACCUCGUGGGCGGAGUUGUGCUCUCCGGCUGCGAAAGUCCAGGUUCGGCGACGGGGCGUGAGUGGGCCAGUACCCGAGGAGAAAGCAAGUGUCACGUCUUCGGACCUGGGCUUCCCCUGCCGUUAUGUCACAAGGGAUCCUUUCUCCGCCAGCCGGCUUGCUGUCCGAUGAAGAUGUUGUAGUCUCCCCCAUGUUUGAGUCCACAGCUGCAGAUUUGGGGUCUGUGAUACGCAAGGACCUACUGUCAGACUGCUCUGUCAUCUCCGCCUCCCUGGAGGACAAGCAGCAGGUUACAUCUGAGGACAGUACAGAGAAGGUGAAAGUAUACCUGAGGGUCAGACCCUUGUUACCUUUAGAGUUGGAACGACAGGAGGAUCAGGGUUGUGUCCGUAUUGAGAAUGUGGAGACACUUGUUCUACAAGCACCCAAGGAUUCCUUUGCCCUGAAGAGCAAUGAGCGGGGAAUUGGUCAAGCCACUCACAGGUUUACCUUUUCCCAGAUCUUUGGGCCAGAAGUGGGACAAGCAUCCUUCUUCAACCUGACCAUGAAGGAGAUGGUAAAGGAUGUACUCAAAGGGCAGAACUGGCUCAUCUAUACAUAUGGAGUCACCAACUCCGGGAAAACCCACACAAUUCAAGGUACCAUCAAGGAUGGAGGGAUUCUCCCACGUUCCCUGGCUCUGAUCUUCAAUAGCCUCCAAGGCCAACUUCAUCCAACACCUGAUUUGAAGCCAGUACUCUCCAAUGAGGUAAUCUGGCUAGACAGCAAGCAGAUGCGACAGGAGGAAAUCAAGAAGCUUUCCUUGCUAAAUGGAGGCCUCCAAGAGGAGGAGCUGUCUACCUCCUUGAAGAAGAGUGUCUACAUUGAAAGUCGGAUGGGUACCAGCGCCAGCUUUGACAGUGGCAUUGCUGGGCUGUCUUCCACCAGUCAGUUUACCAGCAGUAGCCAGCUGGAUGAAACAAGUCACCAGUGGGCACAGCCAGACACUGCCCCAAUAAGUGUACCAGCAGACAUUCGCUUCUCUAUCUGGAUCUCCUUCUUUGAGAUCUACAAUGAACUGAUUUAUGACCUGUUAGAACCGCCUAGCCAGCAGCGCAAGAGGCAGACUCUGCGACUGUGCGAAGAUCAAAAUGGCAACCCCUAUGUGAAAGAUCUCAAUUGGAUUCAUGUUCAAGAUGCUGAGGAGGCUUGGAAACUCCUGAAAGUGGGUCGUAAGAACCAGAGCUUUGCCAGCACCCACCUGAACCAGAACUCCAGCCGCAGUCAUAGCAUCUUCUCAAUCCGGAUCCUGCACCUUCAGGGGGAAGGGGAUAUAAUCCCUAAGAUCAGCGAGCUGUCACUGUGUGAUCUGGCUGGCUCAGAGCGCUGCAAAGAUCAGAAGAGUGGUGAACGGCUGAAGGAAGCAGGAAACAUUAACACUUCUCUGCAUACCCUGGGCCGUUGUAUUGCUGCCCUGCGCCAAAACCAGCAGAACCGGUCAAAGCAGAACCUGGUUCCCUUCCGUGACAGCAAGUUGACUCGAGUAUUCCAGGGCUUCUUCACAGGCCGAGGCCGUUCCUGCAUGAUUGUCAAUGUGAAUCCCUGUGCAUCUACCUAUGAUGAGACUCUUCAUGUGGCCAAGUUCUCGGCCAUUGCUAGCCAGCUUGUGCAUGCCCCACCUGUGCAACUGGGAUUCCCAUCCUUGCAUUCAUUCAUCAAGGAACAUAGUCUUCGGGCAUCCCCCAGCUUAGAGAAAGUGGCUAAGGUAGACCCAGGGCAUGAUGAUGACAUUGAAAAUGAAGCUGAUAUCUCCAUGUAUAGCAAGGAGGAGCUCCUACAGGUAGUAGAAGCCAUGAAAGCACUGCUCUUGAAAGAACGACAGGACAAGUUGCAGCUGGAGAUGCAGCUCCGUGAAGAAAUUUGCAAUGAGAUGGUGGAACAGAUGCAACAGCGGGAACAGUGGUGCAGUGAACAUUUGGACACCCAAAAGGAACUAUUAGAGGAAAUGUAUGAAGAGAAACUAAAGAUCCUCAAGGAGUCACUGACAAGUUUUUACCAAGACGAGAUUCAGGAGCGGGAUGAAAAGAUUGAAGAGCUAGCAGCUCUCUUGCAGGAAGCCAGACAGCAGCCAGUGGCCCAUCAGCAAUCAGGGUCUGAAUUGUCCCUACGACGGUCACAAAGGUUGGCAGCUUCUGCCUCUACCCAGCAGCUCGAGGACGUUAAAGCUAAACUACAACAGUGCAAAGCAGAGCUAAACUCCACCACUGAAGAGCUGCAGAAGUAUCAGAAAAUGUUAGAACCACCACCCUCAGCCAAGCCCUUCACCACUGAUGUGGACAAGAAGUUAGAGGAGGGCCAGAAGAAUAUAAGGCUGCUUCGGACAGAACUUCAGAAACUUGGUGAAUCUCUCCAAGCAGCAGAAAGAGCCUGUUGCCACAGCACUGGGGCAGGAAAACUUCGUCAAGCCUUGACCACUUGUGAUGACAUCUUAAUCAAACAGGACCAGACCCUGGCUGAGCUGCAGAAUAACAUGAUGCUAGUGAAACUAGACCUUCGGAAGAAGGCAGCAUGCAUUGCUGAGCAGUAUCAUACGGUGCUAAAACUCCAAGGCCAGGCUUCUGCCAAAAAGCGCCUUGGUGCCAACCAGGAAAACCAGCAACCAAACCAGCAACCCCCAGGGAAGAAACCAUUCCUUCGAAACUUACUUCCCCGGACACCUACCUGCCAUAGCUCAACAGACUGCAGCCCUUACGCCCGGAUCCUGCGCUCAAGGCACUCUCCUUUACUUAAAUCUGGGCCUUUUGGCAAAAAAUACUAAGGCUGUGGAAAAGGAGAAGAGCAGUCAUUGCCCUGAGAUGGGUCAGAUUGAGGUGUUUCACCUUAAGAAACUGGUCUCUUUUUAAGCUUUACCAUAUACCUGGAACUCUAUCCAGAAUGCAAUACUCAGACACUAGUUGUUUUUUCUCUUCUGUAUUAUAAUCACUUAUGUAAUCUCAUGUUUUUUUACUUAUGUGGUUUCUAUGCACACAAGAAAGCUAUAUUAAAGAUAUUAUUGUUCACUUUUAUUUGAAUUCCAAAUGUAGCAAAACCAUUAAAAGAAAUUAUAAAAAGG